AUGGGAUGAAGAAAUGGUGAGAACUGUGGCACCAGCCUACAUAUGUCAAGUGUCUCUCAGGAGAACCUAUCUCAGUGGAACUGGGAUUCCGAAGAACUUGCUACUGAAAAUAAAAGUCUCCCAUCUGGAAAGGACAGUGUGGCAGGUGGCAAAACUAACAAGAACCAUUUGGAAAUCCCAAAAGAACAGCUGAUGCUGGAGCUGAAUGUGUCAGAGCUCACUCACAUUAGAACACAGACUAUUAACCAAGGGGUAUUUCAGUUAUGGAAUUAUCCUCUUAAUAAAGGAAGUACUGCAGAAGGCAGGAAAUUCAAAAAAUCUUCAGUUGAUUCUGGCUUCAGUGCAGCCAAAUAUCCCAGGCUCUUCACUCUAAACCACUCAUUCAGAAGUAUUCCAGGGCUGAUAGAAACUAAGCAAGUUGGUUCUUACCCUGGGCAGUUUGCAGCAGGUCUCUGCUGGCCCUGUGCUGAUGGAGACUUUCUUAAGGAUAGAAAUGACUUUCAUCACAACUUCUCUUCAACUGUGGAAAACGAUGGUGACAGUUUAUUUGCACCAAAUUGGAAUGUGAAAUACAGAAACAGAAGUAUAGAAGAAAAUGUCACAGAUGAAAGAGAUUUAUCAGAAAAUAAGAAAAUGAAUGAUACUUUGCUCAACUAUUUUUAAAAAAUGGACACUAUCUUAAAGCCAGAAACAAUAGAACACGUUGAGAGAUCAUUCACAGAGGACUCGAAUGAAGUAUUUAUAUAUGCUGACUUUCUCCCCCAUCCUUUCAACACUCUGGACUUGCACAGAUUUGCCUUGUCAAAAUAUGAAAACUGUAAGAUGGCCGUGGACCCUCCAGAAGCCUCCACUGAGCUCCUGAUAAAUCGCUUACUGGAACUGAAAAGGUUACAACACAUGACCAUACAAAAAGAGAAGCUAAGACUAUCUAGCACUUCCUCAACACCAGUGAUUUCAGCUUCGGAACAACCCUCUUCCUCAAAAGCCAUCAUACUGAAAACCAGGCAGCUGAAACUUCCUGACUCUUUGACUCCACCAACAUCUGGUGUAGAUAAAAGUCAGGACAAGAGAAAAACCAAUUCUGGUUCUGGCAAGCUAGAGCAAUACACUUCCAAAUGGAAUUGGAACACUGCCGGCAAAUGUAAAUCGAAUUCUAUAUCACCAUCGCUAAAAUGCUCAUCCGCUGCAGAACAGUGUGCUCCAACUCACAAUGAUUUUAAGAACCCCAAAAGCUCCAUUUUAAAUCCUUGCCAGGAGCUCCCACCCAAGCCUACGGCUGCCCAAACAACUCAAUCACUGGUGAAAGUGCUCUUGACAAGAUCUCACCCACCAAGGUCCCCGAUGCCAGUAUCACCUAUACCCUUGUCUUUCCCUGAAAACCUGAAGGAAGAAAUUUAGGCACCCAGGAACAAAAAGAAACUUCACCGAAAAAGCAUACUGCUAAAUAGAACAUUCUCCAUUCAGAGAAAGCAGAAUUGCUUAUUGCCUUCAUUCAUAGCUAAGGGCAAGUGUUCACCUGUUGACCAAAAGUAA